GUAGAUCAUAGUAGUUAGGUACUGUCUCCAAAAUCGGGUGCAACUUGACGAUACUUUUUUGAAGUCAUCCAAGGAUAAGAUCAUAAUACAUAAAAGAACAUGGUGCUCUGGCUUUGUUUUCUGAUUACCGUAACGGUAGCUGAAUCCGCAAGGAUUCUUGCAUUCUUCCCUAUGCCUAUACCUUCGCACCAUUUCAUCUUCCGGCCUGUGAUAGAGGGAUUGUCCAAAAACGGUCAUGAUAUUGUCUACGUAUCUGCCUUCCCUUACGAGGAAAUACCGAAGAACAUUACUCAAAUCGACUUGUCGAAGUACGACAUAAUGGAAGAAUACAAAAGCUAUGGUGACUUGAAAGUCCACGAAAUGGGUCUUCUGGAAUAUACACGUUUUAUGUACUCAUUUGGAGAAGUAAUGGCCCGAUAUUAUGUUGGAAGCAAAGAAGUACAGGAUUUAAUUCACUCAAAUCAGAGGUUCGAUGCCGUUAUGUUUGAAUCUUAUUUCUAUCAGGAGUAUUUGUCAGGAUUUAUCCACAAGUUUGAUGCUAUUGCUAUAGAAGUAAUAACUCUAGGUGAUUGUGCCUGGGUGAACGAAAUGUCGGGCCUACCAGAUAACCCUGCCUACCAAGUUGACUUCAAAUCGGGCCUCUCCAGCAAUAUGAACUUUUUGCAGAAACUGUACAACGUCUAUGUUACUACUUCAACUGUCCUAAGCAGUUACUUCUACUUAUAUUACAACCAGAAGCCGAUCAUGGACCGGUACUUUAACUACACCGGGUGGGAGAGCCGUCCAUCCAUCGAUGUUCUUGCCAGGAACAGGAGUUUAAUCCUGACUAAUUUCGACCAAGUGUUCGCCGAUACUUAUCCAAUGGCUCCACACCGCAAAGACAUCGGUGGAAUAAAUAUUAAAACGCCGAAACCGCUCCCAGAGGACAUGGAUAAAUUCAUGAAUGACAGUGAGCAUGGAGUGAUUUACAUGUCUUUGGGAUCUCACAUAAGUCCUGCGAACUUCAAAGAUGAAAUGAGGGCCUUCUUUGAUGUCUUUAGAGAUCUGCCCCAAAGGGUAAUGUUGAAAUACGAUUCAGAAGAAGACAGCCAAAUACCACCUAACGUAAAAGUAUCCAAGUGGUUUCCCCAGCAGGAUAUACUAGCUCAUAAGAAGUGCGUUCUUUUUAUUACACACGGAGGUUUAUUGAGCCUAUCAGAAGCCAUAUACUACGGUGUCCCUCUCAUCGGGAUCCCUAUUAUUGCAGACCAGGGCAAGAACAUGGCAAUGAUGGAGUCAAAAGGAAUUGGAAGGAUGCUGAAUUUGAAUAAUAUCACUCGAGAUACGGCCUCAUGGGCUAUUCGUGAAGUGCUCUCAAACAAUCGUUAUAGGGAAGAAGUUCUCCGAAGAUCAAAAAUUCUAAAAGACAAGAGGUAUACGCCAGUGGAAGAAGCAGUUUACUGGAUCGAACAUACUCUCAAAUACCCGUUCACAUUAACCCCUAAAUCAUUGGGUCUUACAGCCACUGAAUUACAUCUGCUCGACGUAAAGAUCUUUGUAACAUUAGGACUACUCUUAGUAUUAUUUAUGAUUUACUUUUUUACAAAUCUUAUAAAAAAUAUUGUACUUAAAACAAGAAGGAAACCAAAACAAAAAGUUCAAUAAUGAAAAAUAAAU